AUGGGCAUCCCUGGGCGGCCGGGUGCUCCAGGAGAAGCGGGCAUGUCUAUCAUCGGUCCCCGUGGUCCACCCGGACAGCCUGGAACAAGAGGUUUUCCUGGAUUCCCGGGCCCCAUUGGCUUGGACGGCAAACCGGGCCAUCCUGGACAGAAGGGAGAGAUGGGUGCUGCAGGUCCCAGGGGACAACCCGGACCCCCUGGACAAAAAGGAGAAAAGGGUCAGUGUGCAGAGUACCCGCACAGGCUGUUGCCUCUCCUCAAUUCAGUGCGGCUGGCUCCACCUCCGGUCAUAAAGAGACGCACUUUCCAGGGUGAACAAGGACAAGCGGGAAUCCAAGGUCCCCCGGGGCCCCCUGGCCCGCCAGGGCCCACUGGACCAGCCGGACCUGAAGGAACUCCAGGACAGCCCGGGCCAGUUGGGCCACCUGGCAGAGCAGGAGAACCUGGGAAGCCUGGCAGAGAUGGAAAGGGCUUACCUGGACCUCCUGGACCGAAGGGAGACCCUGGGAUUCAGGGAUACCCUGGCAGAAAGGGUGAGAAGGGGCGAGCUGGUGACCCUGGGCUUCCUGGACUCCCCGGCACGAAGGGAGAGAAGGGAACUGCAGAGAAUUCCCUGGUGGGAGGCAAAGGAGAACCUGGCCCUCCAGGUCUGCCCGGGCCCCCUGGACCAAAGGGAGAAGCUGGUGACGUUGGCCGGCCUGGUGCUGCAGGGCCACGGGGGGAAAAGGGGGAACCGGGUUCACCAGGCAACCAGGGCCCUGUGGGCCCAAGGGGCCCCAAAGGAGAGCCUGGGAAGGAUGAAAUGAUGGACUACGAUGGUAACAUCAGUGAAGCUCUCCAGGAAAUACGAACUUUGGCCUUGAUGGGACCCCCGGGACUUCCAGGUGUGGCUGGACCUCCAGGGCCUCCGGGACAGAAGGGUGAAAUCGGCUUGCCAGGUCCUCCAGGCCACGACGGUGAAAAGGGACCACGCGGCAAGCCUGGAGAAAUAGGCCCCCCUGGCCCUCAGGGGCUGCUGGGAAAGGAUGGACCACCUGGAAUAAAGGGAGAACCAGGAGUCACAGGACAAAAGGGCGAUAAAGGGGAGCCAGGACAAGCCGGCUCACCGGGUCUUGAUGGCCCCAGUGGAGAGAAAGGCGAACGAGGUGACCAAGGGAUGCCAGGACCGUCAGGAUUGCCAGGCCCCAUCGGACUUCCAGGAUUGACAGGAGAGAAGGGCGAGCCUGGGGAACGUGGAGACAAAGGAAAUCCGGGACAAUCGAUAUCUGGCCCCCCUGGCCCCCAAGGCCCACCAGGACCUCCGGGUCUUCAGGGCCUCCCGGGACCGAAGGGGGAAGCAGGGCUCGAUGGAAUGAAAGGAGAGAAGGGUGCCCAGGGUGAAAAAGGAGACAGAGGGCCACUGGGAUUACCCGGUGCUUCAGGUUUAGACGGCAGGCCUGGACCACCGGGUACUCCAGGACCAAGCGGGGUUUCAGGACCGGCAGGACCAAAAGGAGAAAGGGGCAGUAAGGGAGAUCCUGGAGUUGCAGGACCAAUGGGGCCGGCAGGGCUUCCUGGUUUACAAGGUCUAACUGGCGACAAAGGAAUCCGG